CCAGUGACAAAUUUCUCCUUAAUACUAAACCCCACCUGUGUGUGUUGUUCUUCCCUCCCCAGCACUCGACACUGUCGCGCAAGUUUGUGGAAGUGAUGUCCGAGUACAACGCGACGCAGACUGACUACAGGGAGCGCUGCAAAGGGAGGAUUCAAAGGCAGCUGGAAAUCACUGGCAGGACCACUACGAGCGAGGAGCUGGAGGACAUGCUGGAGAGCGGGAACCCAGCCAUCUUCUCUUCUGGGAUCAUUAUGGACUCGAACAUCACCAAGCAGGCACUCAACGAGAUCGAAACACGGCACAGUGAGAUCAUCAAACUGGAGAACAGCAUCCGAGAGCUGCAUGACAUGUUUAUGGACAUGGCCAUGCUGGUGGAGAGCCAGGGUGGGAUGAUCGACCGCAUCGAGUACAACGUGGAGCACUCCGUGGACUACGUGGAGCGGGCCGUGUCCGACACCAAAAAAGCGGUGAAGUACCAGAGCAAAGCCAGACGGAAGAAGAUCAUGAUCAUUAUCUGCUGUGUGAUCCUGGGUAUCGUCAUCGCCUCCACCUUCGGCGGCAUUUUCGGCUAGAUUCUCCCCACGGGACUGUUGGUGUGCGAUGGACGGAGCUGCGCACGCCGCAGGGGCCGCAGCCGAGCCGGAGCCGACCCGCGCAGCCCUGGAGCCUCCCAGCAGCAUUUCAGUUUCUAAUGCAUGGUUGUUUGUGAUGCUGUGUGUGCGGUGCGUCUGUGUGGACC